AUGUUCUCUGUCAACGUGGUAGACAUCUUAUCAUCCAUCUUGCUGUGUGCAGUAGUUCUUCUCGUACUGGUCGGUAACACAUUGGUGGUCCUAGCAGUGGCUACUUCACGCAAGCUGAGAACCGUCACCAACGUCUUCAUUGUCAAUCUGGCUUGUGCUGACCUUCUUCUGGGAGUGCUGAUUUUGCCUUUCUCUGCUGUGCUGGAAAUUAAGGACAUUUGGAUCUUUGGGCGCAUAUGGUGUCAGGUGUGGCUUGCUGUUGAUGUCUGGCUGUGCACGGCUUCGAUCCUCAACCUGUGCUGCAUCAGCCUAGAUCGCUACCUGGCAAUAACCCGCCCAAUACGGUAUCCAGGCCUCAUGUCUGCACGCCGAGCCAAGACUCUUGUUGCCGGGGUCUGGCUUUUCUCGUUCAUCAUAGGAUGCCCACCUCUCAUUGGUUGGAAUGACACUUUUGAAGACGGCUUAGACCUCAACGGAACAACUAUGACACCUCCUAUCACCACAACCACAGUGGUGACGACUGAAAGUAUGCAUCCAGCGUGUGGCACAGGCGCGUUUUCACGUAACGGUUUAACUCUGAAUGAGUCGUGUGUAGUUACACCAGAAAGAACAUUCAUUAUAACAUGCGAAUUAACAGGCUCAAGAGGCUAUCGGAUCUACGCAGCAUUUGGGUCCUUCUAUAUUCCAAUGUUAGUUAUGGUCUUCUUUUAUUUACAAAUAUACCGCGCGGCCAUGAAAACUAUCUCAGCUUAUGCCAAAGGAGAGCUGAAAACCAAGUGUUCUGGCAAGGAAAAGGCAAAUGGUCAGUCAACAAACUCAUUUAACCGCGAGAAAAAGGCUGCAAAAACUCUUGCUAUUAUCGUCGGUGCAUUCAUUGUGUGCUGGAUGCCUUUUUUCACUACAUAUUUAAUAGAAGCCUUUUGUGAGAGCUGUAGCUCGCCGCAGCUUUUUUCUGUGGUAUUUUGGCUGGGAUAUUGUAAUUCUGCAAUGAAUCCUUGUGUUUAUGCGUUAUUCUCAAGGGAUUUCCGAUUCGCGUUCCGAAAAUUGCUCAUGUGUAGGUGUCAGCUUUUGCGCCGAAGCAGGAACUUUCGACAACAGAGCUCUGAUGUUCCUGCCAUUCAGUUGCAUUGUGCGCCACAGGAUGAAGCUAGGAGCUCUUCAGAUUUAGAAGGACAAUGGAGAUGA